UUCGGCUUGGGGCCUGGAGCUGACAGAGGCCUCGAAGGCGGAAAUCUCCGAGCAGGGCUACUCCACGUCGCGCAAAGACAUCCAGGAGUACAUCAAGGAUUCGGAUCUCCGGAAGUUGAAACACGCCAGCCAGCUGCCCAAGGAGAUCACCCGCAUCAACUCAGGCGAGGUUCCGCCUGGACAAUAUCUCGUUCAGAUACAGAAG